AGAGGAGAAGAAAAGACAAGAAGAAAAGAAGUGCUUAGAAGAGCAAAUAAGAAAACAAAAGGUGGAAGAAGAGAAAAAACAAAAAGCUCGAGAUCAACAAAAACAGUUGGAAAAUGAGAGAAUAAAAAAGGCUAUGGAAGAGCAACGUCGCAAAGAAGAAAUUGAGCAGAUUAAAAAGAGGAAACAGGAAGAAGAAGAACAAAAGAGAAAAGAACAGGAAGAACAACGUAAAAGGCAAAUCCUGGAAGAACAAAAGAUAAGGGAAUUAGAAGAACAAAGAAGACAGCAACUUCUUGAAGAACAAAAGAAAAGAAAGGAACAAGAACAACAAAAAAGACUGCAGUUAGAAAAACAAAGACAGGAAGAACAGAUGAAACUCUUAGAGCAAAGACGAAAAGAACAAGAAAUACUUAAACAACAAGAGCUCCAGAAGGCAAAAGAAUUAAGGGAACAGAGACAUAAAGAGGACCAAGAAAAAGUGCGGCAGUUAAAGCAACUUCAGCAGCAAAAAUUAAAACAGAAAACCAUCUCCCAACAAGAGUCCCUACCCACCUCUCCUCUCUCUCCGAGUAGUAAGUCUCAAGAUAAUGACUUGUCCAAACAGUCCUUAGAUAGUUUGGCAGGAACUCAACAAUCAGCAGUUCAUGAGGUUGAGACUAUUAAAGCAAACACAGCCAUGCAAGUAGAUAACACUUCUAUGAAUCAACACCAAUCAAAAGAUAACAAAAAAGCAAUUACAUCGCCAGCUCCGGGUAAGAAAUCUGUAACCCAAUCCCAGACCAAGCUUCAGACGCAAGUAUCAGCCUCUGACUCGGACUUUGAUAGACCUUUACUGCCAUUAGUACCACGUCCCCGAAUAGACGAGGACUCUGAUAGCACUGAUAGUAGCAGUAUCAGCUACGCAAGCUCUACAGCCAGCUCUAGAUCAAACAGACGUAAAUAUAGGACUCGUCACCAAGAUGCAGCCACUAGGCAACAAUUGGGCAAAGAUAUCCAUAUAAAGGAAGACCAGAUCAGUCCAAGGCCACAUAGGAGAAAAAAGAAAGACAAGAGUUCAAAACGGAAGUCCCCAAUCAACAGAUUAGAUUCUCCCAGUGCUGGCCCAGAUCCCAACAGGCGUUCCAAUGAUGACAGUUCUUUAGCAUCAGAUUCCUCGUCAUCAACACGUCGCCAUCUUCGUGGGCGGGGCUUAAGAAAUCAAACCACGCCGAUAACCAAUGAGGAGCUAGAACAGGCAGAAGGGCUCAAUAAAAAUUCGAAUGAACAGGCAUCUGAAAUGCCCAGAACAAAGAAGGACAUCUCGGAACUUGUUAAGAAAUUUUCUGACGUUUCAAGUUCUGAAUCUGAAUCAGGAACCAAAAAACGAAUCGUCAUAAGGCGAAAGCGAUCUGACGCCAAUGCCAAUGACAUCACUACUCCUUCACAAGAGACAGUUUCCACUAAUGCAACUUUAAAACUAAGGCGUACCCCUGAACGGUCUCAAAGUUUCAAUGUCAGAAAGUCGCCAUCGCCAGAGAAAGUUGUUGUAUUACGCCGCAGUGGAAGCUUAAGAGGAACAGACCCCUCUAAGCAACCAGCCUCUAAAAUACAAGAUAAUGAGCUAGCUAAGAUUCUCAAUAGGCGUAGCAGAGUACUUGAACAAGAUGAAGAGCAAGCCAAUAAGCUCGAGGAGUUGGAAAAUAAACUUGAGGAGGAGAAAAAAGAGCGAUUAAAUGAGACAAAUACAGUGGCUGAUGCUGAAUUAUCAUCAAUGUUAAAAGCUCGGCGUUUACAGGAGGACAGUCCAGAGGAGCCACCUCCUACUGAAUCUUCUCCCUCUGAUUCAAUUCCCAAACAAAAUGAACGACAAAUUGCGGAAACUCAUUCUAAUGACAAAACUAGUCAACAGGGGACUAUAAUAAAAACAAACUCUUUAGAAAAACAUGAACAGCCAACAGUGAAACCAAUAAUAAAUAUAGAAGGUGCCAAACCAAAACAAUCAGUUCUUAAAAAGGACUCAAUAGAGGAAUCAAAACCAGAGACCAAACCUGUCCCAACACUUCAAAAAGAUGCCCCAAGUGCAAUUGAUAACAGCAGUAAGCCAAAUGGACAAAAACCCAAAUCCAUAUUGAAAAAAUCCUCCAGUGAGGAGGAAGUCUCAUUGCGAACUGUAUUGAACCCCCAGGAUAAUGACACACCCCAAGACUCCUUGGCUGUGCCUUCCAAGUCCCCAAGGAUUGUGUCCCCUAUCUUAGGUAGGAAGCUCCCAGGAGGGGCAGAACUGGCCAGUGUUCUAGAGGCCAGGAGACAACUGGAAAGUGAGAGUGAACAGGAGGAAAAUCAAGAAGAAAGUGGUGCCAUUAGUCCUUCGUUCAUGCCUCAGGAUGGAGAGGAAAAACCUCUAUCUGUGGCGGAGAGGAUCUUCCAGAUGAAGAAUAAGAUUGAGGAAAGCAACUCAAAGUCUGGAUCAGGCUUUGGAACUCCAAGAACAGGGGCAAUCAGUCCCAUCCCACCACGUCAAGAAGGAUCUCCGCCAGAUCUCGCAUCAUUCGCUCCCACCAUUGCUGAGGACCAGGAGUUACUUGCUAAGCUUUCUGAUGUGGCAGCCAAUCGUGAAAAGUUUCAAAAUAUUGGGGCUAAACGUGAUCGCUUCCAGAAGUUGAAGAAUGAGGAUUGGAGGAGGAAAACACAACCAGUUACUCUCGAAGAACUGGUAAAGGCAGAAAGUUUGGAUUCUGUGGCUGCGUUUCGUGCUGAGGUAAUGCGCAAAGCCUCAACCAAUCUUUUCAAGGAACAACAGACUAGUAAAACGAAGGUACCAUUAGUUAAAGGGCCUGUUCUGUCCCAUCCAACCAGCAACGAGGCAGAAUUCCCACAGCCUUUCAGUAGAGAGAAGGAGAAGAGGAGAUUCAGGCGUAAAGGCGAUAAAGGGAGGUACAACACUCUACCCAUAAGUCUUGAAGACUUGAGCGGUAUCCCAGAGACAGACACUCUGAACAUCACAAAAUCUAAAUCAUUUGUUGAGCUACAGACAGAAUCCAUAAAAGAACAGCAAACACAGUCAUUCGCUGAUAUACAAUCAAAGUUUAAAUCUAAGGAUAAACCAAAACGCUUCGCGGAGAAAUCUAAAAGUUUCAAAGAUAAGCAGACUGCUUUUCUCCAGCAGGCCAAGCAAACGGAGACCCCAGGUGCUACAAGACCACCCCCAAGACGGCAGCUCUCUCGGGGUAUGACCCCUGAAACUGAUGAUAAUUUAGACGAUUUGUGUAUUGAAAAUAUUAGUGCUUUAAAAUCAGAAGAAGAGGAAGAAGCCUUGAGACAGUUGACUCUUGAAAUGGAAGUGUCUGAUGAUGAUUUAACAAGGUUAAGUGUUAAUGCCAAAUCCUCAGUUUUUAGUACUAAAGAACAGCAAGAAAAGGCAGAAGCUGAGGCUGAACACAAACCUAAAAAAAUCAAACCUGCUGCAAAGAGAUUUUUCAGGAAAAGACGCGAUAAGGAACGCUCACAAACUCAGCCAGUUACGAUUGAGGAAGUGAAAUCAGCGUCAGAUAUCGCUAAACAGGAACAAGAUCAGAAUGACUCUUCGGAGGAUGAACUCUCUCAGUUGAGUAUCGCUGAAAAAAUGAAAUUAUUUUCUGCCAAGAAAAAAUCGAAACCUCCUCCAAAAGUAACCACGCCUGUUAUGAAACGCAAACAAAGACGUGAAAAAUCCCGUUUUCAGACUCAGCCUGUAACAAACGAUGAAAUGCAAGCCGCUAAAAUCUCACCCCUCGCGAUGACACUUGUCAAGCCCCCUGACCCAGAAAUCCUUGGUGGCCUGCGUCUUAAAGACCAGUGGGAGCUCAUGGCCAAACAUGCAGAAGCUACUUUAAGUCAGGGGUCACGACCUGGGUCAAGAUCAGGGUCACAAACAGGCUCAAGGUCAGGGUCACAACCCGGGUCAAGGUCAGGGUCACAGCCUGGGUCAAGGUCAGGUUCAAGGACAACUUCUAUGACAGAGUUGACCACCAGUGAUGAUGUUGAUCAGCCAGGAACAGUAGCUCAACAUGAACCAAAGCAACAGGUGGAAGAAAAUCUAGAAACUAAGCAAAUUCCACCAAUCAAAGGCAGCAUAGAUAAUUCAAAUAUUAAGGGAAUCUUGAAACCUUCUACACAAUCAGCAAAUAACAGUGAUAAUGUACAUAGUGAGACAGUAAGGAGUAUCUUGAAACCAGAAACUAAAUCCAGUCCUGAGAGACAUCUAGUGAGUAGUAGUGAAGACAAUAAGUCUGCAACAGAUGAAAUGACAUCACAAGUGACAUCACAAUUAGGUAGUUAUAGACAAUCUGUAGUUGAGAAUUUAAGUAUAGAGCCAAGUGUAAUCAAAGUAGAUGAGAGAGACCAGCUCAGCAGUAGUGCAGAAGAGGAAAUAAGAACUACGAAACAUAUCAAAAAUGAAGCAAUAGCAGCCAGAAGACGAUCAAGAGAAAUGAGGAAAUUUCAACAUGAACGUUACCAUACACAGCCAAUAGAAGGCUCUGGUGGUGAGGAAUCACCAUCCUCAGGGCGCAGAGCAAAACCAGUGACAGCACGACACAUGACACAACCUAUCACCCCUACUGAGAAAGUAGAGGCAGCAGAGAAUGCAUUUCCAGACCCCCUGGUUAAGAAUAAGCUGGGAGGAUCCAUUGCAGAUAGGCUUUCCAACUUGCACAAGAGUGGAGUGACUGAAUGGCAAAAGAGAUUGCUACGCCAGGGGAAAUCUCCAAGUCCAGAGGUCGAGAUCAAAUUCCGCAAUAAACCAUGGCUAAAAGGAGAUAGACCAACCAGUAUACAUGAUAGACUGAACCACCUUAAGGAAUCCUCUGAGACUUGGAAACAACGAGUUGAAGAGAAAGAUAGUGAAGAGUUUACUGUAGCCGGAAAAUUAGCAAAAACAGGUAAACAGGCUCUUCCUGACACCCCAGUACGGCUACCCCCCAAGUCUAGAAUCUCACCCAGGGGAUCUUCAUUCAAGUUAACCAAGAGCGGAACUGAAUCCGGUGAUGAGAGCCUAGCAUUCAAAAAUACACCCCUCCCCAAAAGUAUCAGUCUAGGAGACCUAAAUGCCCUAGUUAAGUCCAACAGUGACGAAGACAAGAAGAAACCAGAAGCACCAAAGACUGAAGUCACAGAAAAGAAGGAAGUCCACGUGCCAUCAGUGAACAAUGAGGAGUUUACAGCUUUCUUUAAGAGUAACUUGGACAAUGAUGAAAAGUUGGAUGUUACUGUUGAUGACUUUGAUCAUUUAUUCAUUGAAUCCAAUGAAAUGUUAUUGUCUACAAGAAAGAUCAGACCCCAGAAACGCAAGGCAGCUGGGUCAAGGAACCCCCUCAAGGCUCUGUCCACACAUCAGAACUUACAGCAAACUUACACAGAGGUCAAGACAGACAUUGCAGAGAAGGAAUUCAAACGAGUCAACAAGGAGAAAAUCUCAGUGAAAGCUGGUCUCGCAGAAGCUGCAUUGGCCGGACUAGCAAGUACAGAAGACUUUGCUAAAGUCAACCUCAGACGCUCAGACUCUGGGAAUACCACUAGGAAGAUGCAGCCAUACAAAGAUCUCAUGUUAAUGCAGAUUAAGGGGAGAAGACAUGUCCAGACUCGCCUGGUGGCCCCCACUGCUAGCUCUAUCAACAGUGGGGACUGUUUCAUCCUGGUCACCUCUGACAGAGUCUUCUGCUGGCUUGGAGAAUAUGCCAAUGUCAUAGAAAAGGCCAAGGCCAAUGAGCUUGCAGAUAUGAUCCAAAAGAAGAAAGAGAUGGGAUGCAAGUGCCUAAAGGAGGCAGCAAUCAUACCUGAGAAAAGGCAACAUCUAGGCCAGGGCAAGGUGUUCUGGGAGCUCUUAGGGGGAAAGGAGCCAUAUGAAGAUAUGGGUCCUGCAGAGGAAGAUGAACUGUAUGAGAUGUACAUGGUUGAGACUAAUGCUGUAUAUAAAGUAGGGGAUAAGAAAGAACUGGUGCCAUACCAAGAAUACUGGGGGAGUCUUCCAAAAUAUGAGAUGCUUGAUAGCAAAGAGGUGUUUGUGUUUGAUUUUGGCAGUGAGUUGUAUGUGUGGCAGGGAAAACAGGCCACAUUUGAGAAACGCAAACUCUCGUUGCAACUUGCUCAGAAGCUCUGGGAAGCGGAGUAUGAUUACACCAACUGCAAUAUUAACCCAAUCUCUCCUCUUCAUACUGAGGAGAAUGGUGGUGUCCCAGAUAAAAAUAACAAGCGGCCUGAUUGGGCGUUGCUAGGCAAAGUGAAUCAGAACAUGGAGACACUAUUAUUUAGGGAGAAGUUCUCUGAUUGGCCAGAUCAGUCACGUCUAAUAGCUGCCAAAAGCCGAGAAAAUCCUGCUGAAAAUACUAACAAGCCUGAAGCAGAAGCAUUGAAGGCAUUUGAUGCCAAGCUGAUGGUAGCCAAACCUUCAAAUCCAGUUGAUCUGGUACUAGAGGGCAGUCAUGUUGGUAGAGGCACUAAAUGGCUUGAGGACCUCGAUGGAAUAUUCCGAGAGUUUGAGAUUGUCACCUUAGAUGUCCAGGAAUGGCAUGUAUUGGAAUAUGAACACAAUCUUAUAGCAAAACCAAGCCAUGGACAGUUCCACGAGGGCGAUACAUACGUUGUUAGGUGGCAGUAUAUGAUAACACAGUCAGGUAUGAAAUCUCUAAAGGGUACUGCAUCAAGACAUGGGGGUAGAACAGGGAGGGAGAAGUGCGCAUAUUUCUUCUGGCAGGGCCAGGGAUCCUCUAUUACAGAGAAGGGGGCAUCUGCACUCAUGACAGUAGAGCUGGAUGAGGAGAGGGGACCACAGGUGCGUGUAGUACAAGGCAGGGAUCCCCCAUGUUUCCUCAACCUGUUUGACCUCAUGAUCAUCCAUAUUGGAAAGAGAGAAGAGGAGGAAACCAAUACCCAGGGUCCUUGGAGGUUAUAUCUUGUUAGAAACGAACUUGCCAAUGAAUCUUAUCUAGUCGAAGUGAAAUGCUUCACCACCAGUUUACGCAGUAGGGCCUCAUUUCUCUUGCUCAAUGUCAAAACUGGACUACUUUAUGUGUGGCAUGGGUGUAAAUCGCCAGAAUCAGCACGAGUUAAUGCACUAGGUAUUGCCAAUAAAUUGAAGAAAAGAUGUCCUGAAGAGGUAGGCCUACAUGAGGAUGCCAGUAUAAUCAUCACAGAGAUGGAAGAAGGAGAGGAGAAGAAUAGCUGGUGGGUAGCUCUGGAGGAGAAAGACCAAAGCAUCUAUAACUGCCUGCUAAAGGUCUCCAGGCCAUUCACACACACACUACGUUUAUUCUACAUGUCCAGUGUGAGUGGAGUGUUCGAGGCAACCGAGCUUCUGAACCCAGCAAGACAGGACGAUGUCUGUUCACCAUUCCCUUUCACUCAAGAUGAUCUCUAUAAGGCUUCACAACCUGCCCUUUUCCUUGUGGAAAGUGAUGAUUGUGUGUAUGUAUGGCAAGGCUGGUGGCCUGAGGAUGGGGAGGGUGAAGAAAAUAUCAAAACAGGAUCAGCCAUAGCUCGGUUCAACAUUGACAGAAAAUGUGCUAUGGAAACUACUCUCAACUACUGUAAAGAAAUUGGCCACCCAGAAACAGAUGCCUAUCUUGUGUAUGGAGGCCAGGAGUCGGUGACCUUCACCAAUCUUUUCCCUACCUGGACGGACUCUAAUGAGGCAAGGCAGGCUCAGAUCAAGGAUGGCAAGAAAUCUCGGGAACCAGUGCCUGUAAAGCAGAUUCUUGCCAGAUUGUCUCGUUCCCGCUAUUCGCUUGAAGAAUUACAACAGGAAGAGCUGCCUGAUGGAGUGGACCCAGGCAAACUGGAAACAUAUCUCUCAGAGGAAGACUUUCUGGAUGUGUUAGGGAUCAAGAGAAGUGAGUUCAAUGAUCUACCAGGCUGGAAACAAACAUCUCUGAAACGUGAAUCUGGUCUCUUCUAGUCUCAUCCAUUACCUUACCUUAUUUGGUCUCAUAUCAUUAAAAACUCUCAAAGUUGAUAUUCCAAACUUUAACAUGGCUCUAAUCUCUAAAUCUCGACACAGCACAGAACUGGGAUAGCUCCAAUAAGGGACAGCUCAAUAUAGGAGACAUUGAUGGAACUUGGUCAGUCUUUGGAUCAAACCCUUCACUAGUAACAAUACUUCAUGAAAUACAACAUAGAAACACUGUGUGACUAAAUGCAUGUACAGUCAAGACCAAACGGGAAUGUUCAUAUUCAAAUGACAGUUAGGGACAAACUCAAGCAUAGUUAUAACAUUGGAAAUACAGAGUAGAUUUCUGUCAAAGAGGCUAUUUGCCAAACACCCAUGGCUAGAUGUACAGUUGGGAGUGAAUGUGAUGCAGGUUUGAAGUUGCCUUUAACAAAGUGCCUCGAAAAAAUCCCAUAAAUAAUGACUUGCAAUUUUGUUUGUGCAAUAUAAUAAAGAGGAGUAUGAUUGCCAAGUUUGUAUGUACACACGUUUCAUUUUUAUUGCAAAUAAACAUACUUACAAAAACUCAUUUUGAGUUAAUAACGGCUUAAAAACUCUAAAUAUGAGUUCAUAUGUACAAAAUGUACUUACUUCACGUCCCUGCUUCAUGUGUACUUACAGAGAAUUAAUUGGGUUCAUAUGUGUUUACAAAAACUCAUUAUGAAUUCACAUAUACUUACAAACUCUAAACAGUGCUGAAUUGAUAAAUUCACAAAGUCACAAAAUAGAUUAAUUCAAUAUGUCAUGUUUCUUUUAUAACGAUGUCAUAUUUUAUGAUGACGUGUCAUAUUUCUGAUUGAUGUCAUGUUUCUGUAGAGCUGAAUAGUGGUUCUACCAAAUGACCAAAGGAGGUGAUUUUGUUAUCCCAAUUUAAGUUGCCUUUGAUAACUGGGAUAAGCUUAACCUCCUGUGUUUAAUAUCGCAAAAUGGAGAUACUCAAUAUGCUGAUUUUGUAAAAUGCGAUCUUGAAAUCCAAACUAUUUGAACUUCUAAUAUAUAUUUACUAUAAAAUACAUUUUAGUAACUCUGGUUAUUUUAACUAAUGGCUUCAGUUGUUUUUACCUCAAUGUAAAAACAUUGUUUUUUUACGAAGUAUGUUUGAAAAUUAAUUGGAGAUUCAUGAUGUUGUUGCUAUGGUUUCCAUAAGUUGUAAAUUAAACUGAGUCUGAAAACGUGAUAUAUUAGAUGUAUAAAUCAUUACUUAAUAUAAAAUGUAAUUAUUAUUGUACGUAGAGCUUGUACAAAUGCAAUGAUGUGUUAUAUAAAUGCUCAACAUUUUAAAGUUGUUCUACUGAAUAUAUACCAUGCAAGUAACUUUUAAUCAUGUUUCACAAACUAUUUCGAAACUUUUAUACUUUCGAUGGAACUGUAAUUUUAAUAUGUUUUAAUGUUGGUUUUAUAAAAAAAAGUUUGUCACAUAAUUUUAUCGUGGAUGGUUUUAUUAUGGAAGAAGAUUGUUCAAGUUUUGACUAGUCAUAAUGUGUUGAGAAUACUUUGGCCAAAUAGAUAUCAGAUUUAUAACAUAACUAUAUGUAUACAAUUAAAAAGCUUAUUAUGAUGAUUGCAUUGUGUGUAUAAUUGCUUGGUAAAUUGUACAUGUUGGAGUUUGUACAUCAGAUGUACAUAAUUGUGAACAUGGUCUUGAUUAUGUACAUGUUCAUAAUUGUACAUGAGAUGUACUUGAUUUAGUACAUGUUCAUGAUUGUUAUAUACACUAGAUGUACUUGAUUGUGUACAUGUUCAU